UUCAAUUUGACAGCAAACAAGAAGCUAAUAAACUUUAAUAACAAUAAUAAUACAACUAAGGAUAUAUUUUCAUUCAUCAAAUUGCUUUCAACACUAAUUUAAAAUUUUGCUGGGAACGGAGAAGUUGUUCACCAUUACUAACUAAACUUUAUUUUAAAAUUAAAGCUACUCCGUGUUCUAGAUUAUUCGAAUAUUGAAAGCGAUUCUGCAAUUUGCGAUUGCUCAUUUCAAAAGAAUAUUAAUCUAGAAAAAAAAAUAAUAAAUUAGACACAAAUUUUUAAAAUGAUUAUACCAAUACGCUGUUUUACAUGUGGAAAAGUUAUUGGUAACAAAUGGGAGUCAUACAUAGGACUCCUACAAGCUGAAUACACUGAAGGAGAUGCAUUGGAUGCAUUGGGCUUGAAAAGGUAUUGCUGCAGGAGAAUGUUAUUAGGACAUGUUGACCUUAUUGAAAAACUUCUUAAUUAUGCUCCUCUAGAAAAAUAGAGUUUUUUAUGUAGAACUUAAAACUUUCUUUAUUGAAUAAAUAAAAAUAUAAAUAUAACAAUCCUUUAAUAA